AUGUCGCACGAACCGCCGGGAACCACCAUCUUGGAAAACCAUGCUUCCGAUGCUAUCAUUCUCCAGCCCACUCCGACAGCCGAUCCCAACGAGCCGCUCAACUGGUCCAAGUGGAGAAAACACACAAACUUGUUCAUUGUCUGUUUCUUUACGCUCAUGGCGUUCACCGCCAACUGUGUAUCGACGGUUUUCUGGACGCCUCAAAAUCAGGAGUUGGGAUGGACUCUGGACCAGCAGAACAACGGAUACGCGCUGUCGGUGGCGGGUCUGGGUCUGGGAUGUCCACUAAUGAUCCCGUUUGCGGAAAAGUUUGGAAAACGGCCCGUUUAUUUGGUAUCUUCGGCGAUAGCUCUAGCAUGUGCGGCUUGGAUGGCCAAAAUGACGACCGUGGGCGAGUUGUACGGCUCCAGCUUGCUCCAAGGUAUGGCCACCAGUGUCACUGAGACCAUAAUUCAAAUGACGGUGGCCGAUCUCUACUUUGUGCACCAAAGAGGCACCUGUAACGGCAUCUACAUGGUGGUGGUGGACGUUGGCAACUUUCUCAUCAUGGUGCCGGCGGGAUAUAUCACCAUGAGUCUGGGGUGGAGAUGGGUCUACGGAAUCAUUGCUGUCAUAACCGGAGCCCAGUUUCUUUCCACGUUGCUCUUCUUUGAAGAAACAAAAUACACAGCCGGAACAGAGACCCUGGUGGGGGUCGGAGAAGACGAAGAAGACAGGCCAGAGGAGAAUCUGAGCAACAAGGACGCAAAAGACAUAGUCCGCAACUUGGAGUCUCCUUCGACGGAGUCUGUCAUCAUGGAUUUCUCCGAUUCAGCCUCCUCCAGAAACGCCUACCAGUACCAGAAGAACCCUCUGUCCAAACGCCUGGCUCUGGUCACCUAUACCCCAGGAAGCUGGAGAGAAUUUGGUCGGAAAAUGUACACCCCGUUUAUAACGCUGUUUGCCUACCCAAUCGUCACCUUUGUGGCCAUCCAAUACGGCUUCAUGCUCACGUGGUUGGCCAUGGCAGCUACUACGGUGGCAUCUGCGUUUGCCGAACCUCCCUACAGCUUUUCCUCCGCCGCCCUGGGAAACAUCAACAUUGCUCCCUUCAUUGGAAUGGCACUAGGGUCUGUCUACGGAGGCUGGUUCAACGACAAGACAAUCAUUUGGCUGUCCAGACGCAACGGAGGGCAGUACGAACCCGAAAUGCGACUGUAUGGGCUGAUUCCUGCAAACCUGACUCUCACAAUCGGACUGUUUCUGUUUGGACUUCCCAUUGCCCACGGGGUCCACUGGAUGGUGCCCACUCUCGGAUUCGCCAUCAUCAUGUUCGGAUUCGGCUCUUCCGGAGCCAUUGUACUGACAUAUCUGCUGGACAGCUACAAAAACAUUGUUGCUGAUGCAUUUAUCGGUGUGAUUGUGGUCAGAAACGUGUUUGGAAUGAUAAUGGUGUUUGCCCAGACGCCCUGGAUCGAAAAAGUCGGUCUUCAGAACGUCUACAUCACCGUGGGAUGCAUUUCUCUGGUCCCUCUAGCCCUGACCGUUCCUCUUAUCUACCACGGCAAACAUCUGAGACGAAAAAGUGAAGCUAGGUACCUGAGAGAAUCCACUAGACGUUAG